AUGGAAAAUCUCUGCUUCAUCUUCUUCUCUCUCACAGCUAUUACUACUUUCUUCUUCUUCAUUGCCCAAUUCCUAUGGAGUCGAAGAUUACCUCCAAGCCCUAGGUCUCUUCCGAUCAUUGGCCAUCUUCACCUCAUUAAGAAGAAUCCUUUACCACAAGCUCUGCAUCUCCUCUCUUCAAACUACGGCCCGGUUCUCUUCCUCAAAUUCGGAUUCCGUUCUGUUUUAACCCUCUCUUCUCCAGAUUCCAUCGAAGAAUGCUUCACCAAUCACGACCAAACCCUCGCGAAUCGACCCAGAACCAUCACUUCCGAUCAUUUCAGCUACGGCUACAAAAACUUCGGUUUCGCUCCUUACGGCGAUCUCUGGCGAACUCUCCGCCGUCUCUCCACUCUCGAGGUCUUCUCCUCCUCCAGCCUCCAGAAGAACGCUUUCAUCAGAAACGAAGAAGUCUCGAAUCUAUGCUCGAUUCUCUACAGAUUAUCCCCUGACAAAGUGGAUCUCAAGUAUCGAUUCACUCUUCUCACUGUUCACGUCAUGCUCAGAUUAGUCUCCGGGAAUCGUGGAAACGAUCCGGAAUCGGAGAAGAGGUUCUUGGAUGAUUUCAAAUCGAGGUUUUUCUCGAGCAUGUCGAUGAGUGUAUGCGAUUAUUUCCCAGUGUUGAGGUGGAUUGGGUACAAAGGAAUUGAGAAGAGAGUGAUUGAGAUGCAGAAGAUGAGAGAUGAGUAUCUUCAACGACUUGUCGACGAAGUUCGAACGAAGAAAUUCGAUUCAAGUAGUGGUUCUUUAGUGGAGAGAUUCUUGCGUCUUCAAGAAACAGAACCAGAGUUUUACUCGGAUGAUGUUAUCAAAGGAAUCGUAGUGUUGAUGUUCAAUGCAGGAACUGAUACUUCAGCGUUGACAAUGGAAUGGGCAAUGUCUGUUUUACUGAAUCAUCCUGAUAAGCUUGAGAAGCUUAGAGAAGAGAUCAAAGCUAAUGUUAAGCACAAUGGGAUUAUACAAGACUCUGAUCUUUCGAGGUUACCUUACCUUCGAUGUGUUAUCUAUGAGACACUUAGGUUAUACCCUGUAGCUCCACUAUUGCUUCCUCACUACUCAUCUAAGAGAUUUAACUUAGGUAGCUACGAGAUUCCGGAAAAUACAAUGUUGUUGGUCAAUGCUUGGGCUGUUCAUAGGGACGGUGAGUUUUGGGAAGAUGUAGAUGUUUUUAAGCCAGAGAGAUUUGAAGGGUUUGUUGGCGAUAGAGAUGGUUUUAGGUUCUUGCCGUUUGGAGUUGGGAGGAGGGCGUGUCCUGCCGCUGGACUUGGAAUGCGCGUAGUGGCGCUAGCUGUUGGAGCGUUGGUUCAGUGUUUUGAGUGGGAGAAAGUAGAAGAAGGAGAAAUAGACAUGAAACCUGUGUUUAGUGUGGGAAUGUCUAAGGCUGAGCCGCUUGUCGCAUUAGCUAAGCCAUGGCCUGAAAUGGUUCCGAUCUUGUCUCAUCUCUAG